UAAAACAGCGGCAGCAUGUCAAUAAUAUUAAAGCGCAAUUUCCGGGCGUCCUGGAUGCUAAAGGCUUGCUACAGUUCCAGCGCACAAUCGGGGGAUUCGGCCAAAGCCAAAACAAUACCCAAAAACCUGCUCGAGGACAAGCAAACUGCUGUUCUGCAAAAGGAAAACGGUGCCAUCUUCGACAAGAGACCCUUCAAGAUCCACCUGGACAAAGAUAAAACCUACAGCUGGUGCCUAUGCGGCAAGUCGAAAUCUCAGCCCCUGUGCGAUGGGAUGCACAAGAACGAGUUCCUCAAGAUCAAGCAGAGGCCCAUCCGCUUCAAGGUGGAAAAGUCGGGCGACUACUGGCUGUGCAACUGCAAACAGACCACCCACAGACCCUUCUGCGACGGCACCCACAAGCAGCCGCACAUCCAGACUGCCGUUAAAUAGUUUAAGGUCUCGAAAUACUCGUGUGUAAAAAUGAGAAAUGCAUUAAUUUUGAAUCAA